AUGUCCGACCAAACCGCCGACAUCCCCCUGCGACCUUCAGACCUCUCAGCGUUGCGAAGGCACAAGGUUAUGGCCCUUCCAGCUCCAUCCAGCGGCCGCCCCGACGAAUCGGAAUCCUUCCUCCCCAUCUACUGCAUUGCUAUCAACCUUGUGGCUCGGUGGGAAACCUGGGCACAGCCUGAACAGGGCAAGAUGUGCACAAAUCCCAUCGAAAAUAGAGAGCCUGAGGAGAUCUCAAAACAAGAACGACCCAAACUGCUCUUCUCGUCUUUCGAGUUUACCUACAAUCUGGUGCCUGGCGCGGGGAGGACUGUAAUGCCGGAGGCCUGGGAACCGCUGAGAGGUGGCUAUGGCUAUACACCGGUCUACACGUAUUUUCCGUCUCAUCCAUUCGUUUUGAAAGACGAAGCCAAAGGCCUUCCACAUAUCGCCAGUGGCGUGACGGACUCCGAGGAUCCGAGGAGCGACAGCGUCCUACGGGCCCGUAUUACUCAGAUUCAUUACGACGGUCAGCAUCUGGGGAUUCGUCAGUCUAGGCUCCUUAGCUUCAAAGGCCCCGAGCCCACUCCCGAUGCCUACCUCAUGAUUCGCUGGAUGACGGCAAUGCCGAUUGGAGAUACCGAAUAUAAAAGCCCUCGAGGCUCAGAGGACGUUGCAGAGGCCAAUGAGGCCACGGGACGGGCAGAAGAUGUUAAUUUCAAGGCAUAA